AUGGCAGAUUCCUCAAAUAGGAGGACGUCAGGUCGCCAUUCUGGUGCGCAUGAGUUAUCAGCGUGUGAGCUACUUAUUGUAGACUUGGUACGGCAUGAGGAUAGCUGGCCUUUCAUGAAAUUGGUUUCCAAAGCUCAGGUUCCUGAUUACUAUGACAUUGUGAAAAAUCCUAUUGCACUGAGUGUUAUCAGAGAAAAAAUGAACAACUGUAAAUAUAAAUUAGCAUCUGAAUUUAUUUCAGAUGUCGAGCUUAUGUUUGCAAACUGUUUCGAAUACAAUCAUAUUGAAACAAGUGAGGCACAAGCAGGGCUUCGUCUUCGAGAUUACUUUCACAGCCAACUUCAGUAUCCUGGACUUCACAUCUCUGAAAACACAGGGCAUACUAACACUCCACCCAUCAAGCAGCCCCGAAUUUAACUACCCCAUUAACCGUACCCAGGAGUAAGAACAAAUUAUGCACAUUAUUCUCAGUAAAUAUGAAAAUCUGAAUCAUGCCUUGCUUUUUUAUACAGAAGCAACAGCCAUUUUACAACCUGAAAAUGUGACCUACAUUUUGUUCUUGACAGAAUUGUCCAUUUUGUUAAGCACUCAGGAAAUCACAAAAAGACCUUCAUUUUGCAAUUUUUUAAAAUGUUUCUUAAACUGCUCUGUAUAUUGGAUUCAGUACUGGUUUACAGUUUUAUACCCAUUUAAGUGGCAUUCAUGUGUUCAGAUGUCUUCCAGGAAGAAAGUGUGUUGUCUAGUGACUUUGCCUAUGUCACCCUGUAUUUAUAUUGAAUUUAUAAUAUUUUUGGAUUUUUUUAAGUUUUCAAAUAAAGUAGCUACAGCACAGUGUAAAAUAUUUUCCAAACCUUGCAAAAAAAAAGCAAAGCUGACUUUUCAACACUACACAUGAAUCAGCAGAAAUCUGCAGUCAUUUCAGUACUACACAGGUACUGGCAGAUGGGGUAUUCAAUACAACUUCCUUUCAUAGAUAUUUAUUUAGUGUUAAAUCAAUUUGUGAAACAUACUUUUUGUAUUUAUAAAAACCUUGUACCUGGAGAAGCCGUAUUCUUUCAAUUUUUCAGUGUUUUCUGUGUGUGCAUUUGUAUGUAUGUAUGUAAUUCAAAUUACCUUUCUGAUAAUAAAAAGACACAGGAGUACUUUACUUUUGGUAACAAACUGCAGAUUGGUGUUUUGUAAUAUAUGUUUAUGUACAUCUUUUUUAUGUGUACAAAUAAAAUAUUAAAUUUGUUUUCAAAUUGCUAUUUUUUUACUACAAUGUGCACUUACCUGCAAUGUAUCUUUUUGUAAAAGGUGUGUUUCCUUUGUAAAGAACUAGUGCUUAAAUCAAUUUUAAGAAUAUAAACAGUGUAGUCAUCUUGUUUGUUAAUCCCCUACCAGGGAAGGUGGUGAUUGUCAUAGAAAGCUUGUAUCACACAUACUUUCCAUUGUUUAAAAAUGGUCAUGUCGGACCAUUUGUGGCUGAUAAAGAAAUUUCUGACAACUAUUUGGAGUAUGAAAACUGUAUGCGUCUCAGUAGUUUAUAGAAUACUGUAAACACUACUCACCUCACAAUGACUGCCAUCAGAGAUUCUACUGUGGUGCCAUUUUCUGGUCUUCUACCUGAGUGAGAACUCAGAAAUGUAAAACACUGUACAUAAUUUGUAUACUUCAAAAGUUUCUUUGAGAUACUUAAUGUUUACAGUAUUUUUCAAGUUUAUAUUUUAUUAGGUUUAAGUGUCAGACAUCAGUAGAGUGCUUAACAUCAACUGUUUGUAGAUAUUGACAAAAAGCAGAUAUGAAUGACUAGAUCCAAGAUGUGUAAAUAAAGGAAUAUUGGAAGCUGGACAAAUUUAAGAGAUUAAAAAUAAAUAUUGAACAUUGAAACUG